UGGUAAGCUUUGCGUAAUUGACUAACUCAAAGUAUUAUAAAAAGUAUCGAUUUUUAUAGAAUUGAUUAUGCCACCCACCGCUUUGCAACCACAAACGAUACCUACGGAAAGAAGUGUAGUGGUCUCUACAAGACGGCCUGAAAGAUUAAUUCCUGUAUAUGACAAAUGUGCGUAAAGUAUGACUUGUGUUAUCAGUCUUUCUAACAUCUUCUUUCUUAUCUCCAGAUGCAAUGCUGGUAUAUUAUGACGAAGAUCAUUGUCUUACUGUUCAAACGACAACGAAUCUGUAUUACUUUUGUUUUCGACGACAAGAAUGCACACAUACAAAGGCCUAUUGCACUAAAUGGUCUCAAGCGAAAAGAAAAUGUCGGAAAAAAGGUGCUGAUUUAUUAACAAUUGAAAAUGACGAAGAAAGAAAACUUGUUACGGACAUUACAUCUAUAUACUUAAAUGAAUCGUUGCUAACGUACAAUGGUAGUACAUACAAAUACUACAAAUUAGCCGAUUUUCUAUGGAUUGAUGGAGUGCAACAGGCUGACCGUGUUACCUAUGUGUGGGAUAUAAUUGGUAAUAGCACAAUUCCUGACCAUUUAUGGUGUUUAUCUGGUUGUAAUGGUAAAGACCGUAAUCGUGUCAUGUUGAAUAUGCGAUGUAGCAGUGGUCUUGCUUGUCUUGGAACACGAAAAGAAUGGGCAGCAGGACCGUUUGUUUGUAAAAAACAGAAACUUGUUGAUGCUUGUCCAGUAACCGCUGAUCGAGUUAACAGUAUACAUUUUAACGAGAUGCUUAUUGUAUCAACGAAUCGCACAUACAUGGCGGUAAAAUGUAAAGUUUUAGAAUAUCCCUAUCAAUUAGAAUAUCAGUGUGUAGAUGGAGACUUCAGAGAAUUUAAUCAAAAUCAUCAAACGAACGUCUACUUUUGUCCAAAGGAAAUAAUUUCAACACCUGUUCAAAAUUUAAUCGACCACAGUCAUACAGGAACAGCACGAGCGAUUACAACAUCAACACAAUAUACGGAAGUCAAGCAAACAUGUUCUCGACAUCAGUUGGAAAACAUAAUUGGUGAUCUUCCGACCCACCCACGAAACGUUUAUCCUAUCUACAGUCAAAAACAUGUUGAAUUAAGAUGUAGUUUUGAUCACUCGAUUACAGUCACUUAUACAUGUUAUACUGAUAAUAAAUGGCAUUAUGUUAGCGGAAUAUUUGAAAGUUUUCGACAAUGUAUACCACCACCUGUACGUUGUACUCAAAUGGAAUCAUUCAACACUAUUAAUAAAUAUUUUACACCUGAUCAAGGAACAAAAAUUAUGUCAAGAUAUGGUUCAGACGAAACAAUAAUCAUUUAUGAGUGUCACGAUUUCAAAUCUCGACGCUAUAUAGUUCAAUACAAAUGUGGUUCCAACGAAAUUUUGAACAAUUAUCAGCUGAAUAAAUUAAAUUCGUGUUUAACAAGUUAUCCAAGUACAACGUCUACUUCAUCAACGCUUAUUAUUCCAACAGUGUCCAUGCCACAAAUUAGCUCUUGUCCAGUGAUCCCACCUCGAUGUACGAAUGGUUCAGUUUAUAUCGAUAAAUUUGGUUGUACAAGAAAAGAAUGUCCUCCAAAACAUAACUAUUGCAAAGGUAUCACAUGUCCGAAUGAUCGAGUAUGUAGAUCGAUUAAAUGUUCAUCGAAUACAGAUCAAUCUUGUUACAAUGGUAGAAAACCAUUUUGUAUAUUAAAAUCAAAAGAAAAAUCGAAUCGAUUAUGUCAAUUAGAGCCAAUGCGUCUACAACUGAAUAAAGCGAAUAAAAAAAUUGGAAUUAAUUAUGAUCAAUCUCAAAAUAAAUUGAAAUUAGUUCUAGAUGAGAUAGAACAAUGGGAACAUGAUGCACUUGUUCUCAUCAAAUCUCGUGCAAAUGAGUAUCGAAAAAAUAUCACAAAUCAAUUCAACAUUAGUGUUCAAACGCAUUUGUUGAAUGUACAAUAUGCAAUCAAUGAAUCACAAAUGAAUCUUAAAUCAAAAGUGUGUUUUGAUUCGAUUCGCGAACAACAACGAUUUAGGAGUAAUAUAACAAAUAUUCUAAAUAAUUUAUAUACAAUUGAAGCUACCGCUAAGCUGAUAUCCUUAGAUAGCAAUUUGAUUGUGGGUUAUUAUGUAAUACACACUAAGAGGACUUAA